AUGGGUUUUGUUGUUUACCUAUCCUUAAUUGGGAUACUUGUAUUUGGGGUGAUUUUCCAACUCCAGAAUGCAGAGAUUCAAAAAUUGAAAGAAACAAAUAAGAAAAUUUCAGCUCUUAUUGAAACCAUUCAAGAUGAUCUUGAUUCAAAGAAUAAUGCUUUGAAAGAACUUGAAAGAUCCCACAAGGAAACAGCUAAAGAAUUAACUACGACUACUUCUGCCAAAGAUCAAUCAAUUAAGGCUUUGGAAUCCAAAUUACUUGAUGUUAGUAACAAGUAUCACGCGUCAAUUCAAUCUGAAGCCAAAUCAAAAGCUCUUCAUCAAGACAACAAUUCCACCAUCAAGAAACUUAAGGAAGAAAUUGAAGAAUUAAAAGCUAAAAGGGUUUCAGAAGAAGAGCUUAAAGUGAAAUUGGAAAAGCAAUAUGAUUUUAAGUUGAAUUCUGAAAUUGAAAGAUUGAUUGUUGGUAAAGAUUUGCAAAACACUCAAUUGUCGGAAAAUAUUAAAAGUCUCAACGAUUUGCUAGAGACUAGAAAUAAAGAAUUCAAUAAAUCUGAAGAAACUAACAGUCAAAUUAUCUCUGAAUUGAAGCAAUUGGCUGACAGUAUUCAAAAGAAAUUGGAUGCUAAAAGUCUUGCAUAUGAUAAAUUACAAGUUAUUAAUGAUUCACAAAGAGAACAAUUUGAAACUAAAGAUGCAAGAAUUAAAGAUUUGGAAGAACAACAGAAGAGAGAUAAUGAAAAUUUUGUUGCCGUUUCAGACAAGUUAGCUAGAUCUGAAGAAUUGGUUGCCGAAUUACAAGAGACAAAGAAAGAAUUGGAAGAAACAGUUAAACAUCAAACUGAAGUAAUUGAUGAUGAUUCAAAAGUGUUGACUUUAUAUGAAGAAAGCAUUAUCAGUUUGAAUGAAUAUUUAUCAAAACAAAAUCAAAAAGAAAACAUUAUUUCCGAUCAAUAUUUUGUACAUUCGAAUGAUGAAGUUAAAGAAAUCUGUGUAACCACCCGUACUUAUAUUGAUGCUUUAACAGAAAAAAUAGCAAAACUUGUUGAAUCUCAGGAGUCAACUUCCAAAGAUUUAAAAGCAGCCAACGAUAAGUUGACAGAAUUAAAUGUUCACAAUGUUACUUUUGGAUGCCAAUUGUUAACCAACUUGGAAGCAUUGGAAGAAGCACUUGCUGGAAAAUUAAGUCAAGAAGAUCAAAAGGAAGUCAGUGCAAAAAUUAAAAGCAUUACCGGACAGUUUUCUGAUUCUCAGAAACCUAAAGAGGAUGCUUUUGAACAAAAUGGUGCUGAAAAGAAAACAGAGCCAGAUACCAGUAGGUCAGUCGAUGAAGAAAUAACCACACCUGUUGUGAAAUCCAAGGAAUUGGUCAUUAAUGACGAUCCAGUUGAUGAAGUUAACAAAGACGCAGAAUCUGUUGAAGAUAUUCCAACAUCUUAUGACAAAGAAACUGAAGUUACGCCAAUUGAAGAACCGGUAAUUGUAACAACCGAGGAAAAAAUUGUCGAAGAUAAAACCGAAGCUCCAAAUGCCGAAGAACCAGUCGCCUUGGAAACAGAAUCCGCUGGCGUUAUUUCAGAUGUAAAACCGCUGGAAGAAAAGAAAGAAGUUGAAGCAUUGACAGAGGACUUUGCCAAAGAAGCAGAUGGCAAAUUUAUUGAAGACGAACCAGAAGUUGAGACAGAAUUGGAAAAGAAAUCUGAUGAGAAGGAAAUUGAAGAUGAACCAGUUGUUGAAGAACCAAAGGAUGAAGAAGUUAACUCAGAGGCAUUUGAAGAAAUCAAUGAAAAAUUCACUGAAACUUCUGAUGAAAAGACAAUUGCUGAUGAUGCCCAUGAAGAGGGAAAAGAAAUUGAAGAACCACAAGUUGAAGAACCACAAGUUGAAGAACCACAGGUUGAAGAGCCACAGGUUGAAGAACCACAAGUUGAAGAACCACAAGUUGAAGAGCCAGCGGUCGAGAAACUGAAUGUCAAAGAAGAAGAAGAAGAAGAAGAAUUGGCAGAAAAAUCUGGAGAAAAACUCAUCCAAGAUACACCAGUUAAUGAUGAGUUACAUGCAGAACCCGCUGCUGUAGAAAAGGUAAAAGAUGGUUUAGUGGAAGAUUCUGAAGAAAAACUUAUUGAAGAUGAUUCAACAACAGAUCAAACUCCAGUUGAAAUUACCAAUGUUGAAGAUCCAAAAGAGGUUGAGUCAAAAGAAGUUGAUCCAAAAGAGGUUGAGUCAAAAGAAGUUGAGUCAAAGAUUGAAGAACAAAAGGAAGUAGAAAACGUGACUGACAAACCAAAGGAUGAACAAAAUGAUGAAGUUUCUAAAGUUGAAGAAUCCAAGGAUAAAGAUUUGAAAGUUGAAGAAUCGAAGGAUGAAGGUUUGAAAGAAGAGGAACCUAAAUUUGAGCAAGAAAAAGAAAAGUCUGAUGAUUUAAAGACCGAAGAGGUGAAGAAAUCUGCUCCAGAAGAAAAUGAUUCAAAAACAGUUGAAUCAAGCACUGAAGAGUCAAAGGAAGAUGUUCCAAACACUGAUGAUCCACAAGAAUCAAAAGAACAUUUGGAUGCUUCAAAUGCUGAUUUAAAUAAGGAAGGUACCGGCGACGAUGAUGAAGAUGAAGAUGAAGACGAAGAUGACGACUAUACUACUUCCAACACUGAAUCAGAAGCUACUCCAGCACCUGAAUCUUUACCAACAUCGUCCUCUUCAGCAGGAAGUUCAAAAUCACCAAAAAAAAAGAACAACAAAAAGAAAGGAAAGAAAAAGAACAAGACUACAUUUUAG